GGCAGACUUCAACCAACAUCAACCGUCGCUCUAAAGCGCCCACUUUUUCUUCAUAUAUUUAGCCUUUUAUAUUUUCAUGCAAAUCAUCUUCCCAUUUAAUCAUAUUGUAUAGCUCUAUAGCUUUCUCGUGUGCCUGGCGGCGGAGGUUGAAAGAUGCCCUUGAUGAUGGACGACGAGAUGAAUAUGGACGAUCUGUUCGGUGACGGCGGAGGUCUAUCAUUGCCAUCGAGACCGCCCACAAGAGAGCUUCAUCAAAGAGUGGACGAGCUGAGAGCAAGCGGUUGUUGCCAGAGCAUUGCUUGGUCGAAAUGGGGCAGUAUCGCUUCCAUCGCUUCAAAUGGAACUACUCUGGAACUUCGAAACCUGCGCUGUCAUCCAGACGACGGGACUUGGGCGCUCAGCGAACCUACCACUACCCCAAACUUCUCAGCUUCACUCGAAGGUUGUCCAUUGAAGCAUCUCGCUUGGAGCCCAACUGGCAGUGAUCUAGCUGUAAUUGAUGCAGUCGGUCGAAUUACAAUCCUCUCUAUCUAUUCAUCUAUCAAUAAACCAGCUUUGAGUAGACCAUGCCAUUUAGAUCCAAUAGAUGAUUUGCAUGCCGUGGUUGGCUCUUUCUGGUUAAACCAAGCUCCAUAUCCACCAGGUCGACCGACAAUAUUGCAUGGUCCUGGAGUCAAGGAGGGUACAGUAUAUCGCUACGAAGCGUCUCAAGCGCCAGUUCUAGGACCAUGCCAUCCAGUUCAGGCAAAGUCUGCCCUCGUCUGUGUGACCACAAACGGUCUACUGAAGGUAUUGUGGCAACAGAACAAUAACAAGUGGUGCGAGUCUCAUACAGAAUUGGAAAGUAUUGUGUCUUCGGAUGAUUUGAUAACCCAUGCAGCAAUCUGUCCCGACAAAAGUUUGUAGAUUAUUACCUUGCAGUAUACCUCUGCUAACAUACCCAGGCGGAACCUUGCUCAUUGCCUUUGCUACUACCUCGAUGCAGCUUCGCACUGUCCGUGCAUUAAUAGACUGGGGUCAACCAAAAGUGGAAAAGGCACCACCCCAAGCAUUACCGCUCAACCCAACAAUACGCUCGAAGCAUCUAGCAGGAACAAGUUGGGUACCCGAUGGUCCAAACGAUCCUAUGAAUGUUUCUCGUUCAGAUUCUUCGAUGGUCCAACUGUCUCAUCUCGAGUUGCUUCCUCCAACUGCAGAUAACAAUGGUAGUCCAGUUCCUGCAACAAUCGUAGCCAUCCGGUCUUCUCUACCUAGCUUGACAUCGCACUAUAACCAGGAUGUCCACAGUACUAUUGAUAGAUGGGAAAUACAGGAGCCCAGUCCAAGAGCUCAUCCUUCUUUCGAGCAACUCAGCUCCAGGCGUAACAGCACUGGGGUUGCUCCACCGCCGGUUGCUUAUAUGAAGAAGCUGGAAAGUAUCACAGUCAAUAAAAUUGCUGUUGCAAUGGAGACUAUGAAUACUGGAAGGGUCAUCGUUGUUGCUUAUAGCGACAGUUCAGUUGAAUACCGAGAUCGGAGAAAUAUGUUGGAAACUUUCAACGAUAACAAUCUAGACCGUGUUUGGCAUCUCUCGCAGAUCGGCUUUUCAUACACCGAGGAUGAGCCAUGUCUUCAAGUUGCUCUAUCUCCAAGCUAUUGCUCCGUUGUGCAGUUACGAAAUGAUGGUAAGGUCAAGUGGAAACAACUUGACUACCAUCUGGGAGAUAUCGGAAAGAGCAUGGACGAGCCUCUCUAUUCUGCAGUGAUCACAGCUCUUUCGCUGUCUUGUGCCACAUCAGUUAUGAGAAACGUCAACUACGAUGACAUCUUAGCCACCGCAAGCAAGCAUGUCAAUCCUCAAUUCUCCUAUGACUGGCUCACAGAACUCUCCCGCAUUCUCAAAGUGAACCUGGACUACUCCGAAGAAACCCAUCAUGAUGUCCUGGUCCGCAAUACAUCGAUCCAGCUUUGCCUCUCUAUCCAACAAUCUCUAGGAUUCAAAGGACAGUUUAAACAGCGAACUUUCUCUAGCAAGUUCGCCUGGAUUGUGUUGCAGCUGCGCAACAUCGUAGUGCUGGUUAGUAUGGCUGCGAACCUUCACAUUUCAAGUGGCCCAAAUGCAACAGAGAAGUCCUCGCCACUUGAAGAUCCAGAGGUCAUCCGUUCCCUCGCCGGCUCCGUGAACUGGGUUCUCAACCUAAUGGCUUGGAUAAUCGACACAUUAACGAACCUUCCAGCUACUCUUCCACCUAACGUCGAUCUCAGCAGUACCGCAAAUCUUUCCCUGCCUGACCUCCUCGCCUACCUCCAUUCCACCAAUACCAUCGCCCUACACCUCAUCCUCUCCUCUGCCUCCCGCGGCUUCCUGACAGCCAUUCUCCGUCGCCUUGCCCACCUCGACUACAUAGCAAGGAAAGCCAUAUCCCAUACCUCUACUCCCAACCCGCAAAACACUCCCAGCGCGCUGUCACCUGCCCUAAAGGCCGCUUACGUCGAGAUUGCGUCCCUGACUGCCUCGCCUAUCCUCGACAUCAAAACAAUCGAAACCCUCCUCUCCUCUCUCUCGUCCUCUAUCAAAAAUGCGUACGCAUUACACAAUCCUGCCUUAUCCGGUUCUCCCCAAGCCGAAAAGGCUCGUAAUGCCCUAGAAAUAAAGAUGCAUUUCGGGAGUUCGUUCCCGGACGCGUUCAAGAGUGUGAUUGUGGAGUUAUUCAGGGAGGAUGGAGGACUGCUGAGUGCUGUGAAAGCGGACAUCAAGCCGGCAGAUCUGUUCUUUGCGGAUUUUGAGAUUCUGGAAGUUGAUGAAGAGGGUGUCAUGUUGGAGAGAAGGAAAGAGAAGGGAAUGACGAUGGAUUGCUUUAGAAAAGCUUGGUUGCCGAAUCCAGUGAAGGGGCAGGUGGAGAAUGGCACUAGUGCUGCUGGUGGUACUGCUGGGACUGGGACUGACGGGAACGCAAGUGCCGUGGUGAGCAGACAGGGCGCGAGGUGGAGGAGGUGUGCUAGGUGCGCGGCUGUCAUGGAGGAUGUGUUGACACAGAGGCAGGCGUUGCAGUGGCUUGUUAUGCAGCAGAGACGAUGCUUCUGUUCGGGCUUCUGGGAUAUGCUUUCGCCUGGGGAGCUGGUAGCUUAGGCAAGCAGUCUCAUCUACAAUUCCUCUGGCAGGUGUCUCUGACGCUGAUUAUUUCUGUAUACCAGAGUCUUCCAGCUGGCAGCUGUCGAGGCUAAAGACUACUAUCUAGAAAUCCUCCUUCUAUCUCUGCCGCAUUGCCAUUUAGACAUGUCUAUCACUGCUUGUAAAUGUUCUGCCAGUCAUGUAGACAUUUAUCCUUUUGAAAUACAUGGUUGUUUACGCAAAUUCUGAUGGCUUUCUGGCGUGCUCCUUCCUUCCUUCAUCAAUUCCUCAUUAUUUCACGUCAUCAUUCUUGUAUCCGGUCGCAACUUCCCAGCAAAUCCUCAAACGUCCGAUAAUAACUGAACAGUUGACGGGCUGUUCUCAACUCUCCGAAACUUUCAUCCUGGACGCACAUUCUUGAGUGAUGCAUCACUUUCCAGCUUGUUGUCAGGACGAGGCUCGCACGAGCAGCAGUCCACGAGGCCAAGAUGACGAGCCUGUGCAAGGCAUGCAAAGUUCUCAGCUUCAAC